UGGAAAGACAGAGGGAGGUAGUUUGUCUUGCAUGAAAAGCGCUACAGCUCUGUGUGCUGUUGCUGCUCGUAGGACACAGCUGGGAGCACGAAGCUGGAUGUGCUCCCUCUGCCCUCACCUCUCUGUGCUGUGCUGCAGGGUUCCUUCUCUCUGCUCUAGCAUGAAGAGCACCCGCAGCAGCUCCUCCUUCCAGGGUGGCAGUGCUGGUGACAUGGAGCUGAGCCUGACUGGCCUCCCUGCGCCGGUCUGGCGGCGCCCUGGCAGCGCCUCUCCUGCCAAGCACAUGGUGCGCUCCGUCUCGGUCACCGCCGAGGGCAAACCAAAGAGGAACACACUGGAAGAUGCAGGAUCUCGGGCAAUGAACAACCUCCGGAGGUCCAACAGCACCACCCAGGUUAACCAGCAGGUCAAGAGCACACGCAGCUCAGACCAGACAGACUUCCUGACCUUCUUUGAGAGCAGUUCUGGGGGAAGAAAGAAGCCAACAAGUCUGAGCAAAACCUCCCCAGAAAAGAAGACUACGUGGAACGUCUUGGAUGAUCAGCCACGUGUGGUCCCUGGCCCCUCUGGUUCCUGCAGCGUUGAGCCACCAGCAGGGAUGAGGAGGAAAGAAGCUGCUGUGCUUCUGGCAGCCAACUUCACCGCCAACAACAGAAGCAACAAGGGCGCAAUGGGCAACUGUGUCACCACCAUGGUGCACAACAACUACUCCACCACUGAGAAAGGCCCUGCACCCAAAAGCUCCAACCAGGUGCCCAACUCCCUCAACAACGUUGUCAAAGCGACCUCGAAUGAGGAUGGUGAAAGCAGCAGCUUUGUGAAGUCUCAGAAGAAUUUCUCCAGCAACAACAUCAUGACCUGCAACAACAACAGCAGUCUGCCCUGGAGGAAGGAGGUCACCGAGGAGGAGGCAGAGAGGUUCAUCCAGCAGGUGAACUCGGCCGCCGUGACCAUCCAGCGCUGGUACCGACGCCACUCGCAGCGGCACAGGGCAGCUGCAGCAGCUCUGGGGCGCUUGUUGGCUUCCAAAAGGGAGGAAAGGCAGCAGCGGAUGGAGGAAGGGAACAUCCUGGAUUUGCAGGAGAAGAAGGAGGAGGAACGGCGGAAGGUCCGGGAGGAGAAGGCGCGGCUGGCCCGACGUGCUGCCAUCCAGGAACUGCACCAGAAAAGGGCCCAAAAGGCUUUGGAUGCAAAGCGGUUGGCAGAAGAAGAGCUUGUGCUGGUGAAGGAGAGCAGAAGGGGAGCAAAGAAGAAGCCUGCCAAAGCAACUUCUGCAAGCAAUGGCAGUCCAGCCAGCAGUGUCACCAAAGCCAACAAUGCUGAGGCCAAUUUCCACUCAGUACCUGCAGAGCCAGAGGAAAGCUGCCCUGCAGACCUCAGCUCCAUGCCCUUGCAGGACCUUGGGGCAGAGGACAAGCUGCAGGAUGUGAGCUCCAGAGAGACAGGUGGUGAGGAACUGGAGACAGUGGUGACUGCUGUCAGCAGGGCUCAGUCCAAGGUCACACUCAACGAGCUGCUGGACACGCUCAGGCUGUUGGAGGAAGAGCCAGAGCUGCUGCCCCCACCAAAGCUCUUCAAGAAGGAAAGAUAUGCCUGGAUAGAUGGGCAGGAGCCCAGCUCCAAUUCCCUGACUGCAGAUAACUUGGAGAAGUUUGGGAAGCUGAACCACUCCCCAGGGGUCCCUGAGGAUGGGGCCCUGCUCUCUGAGGCCAAGCUCCAAAGUAUUAUCAGUUUCCUGGAUGAGAUGGAGAAAUCAGAGCAGGAGAGGCCCAGGUCAGCUGCCUCAGCCACACAGCGAGAGGGUCUCCUCUCCGAAGAGGAGCUGGCUCACUUGGAGCAGGCAUCGGCUGUUGCCACGGAGGUCACCAGCUCCAUCAUGAGGCUGAAGCUGGAAGUGGAGGAGAAGAAGAGAACCAUCAGCCUGCUGCAGACAGCGCUGGUGUGUGAGCCAGAUGCUCAGCAGAGGGAACUGACUGUCCGGCACAUCAAACAGACCGAGAAGGAGCUUGGCCACCAGCUCAAGCUGCAGCGGGACCAGUAUGAGGCAGCUAUCCAGAGGCAUCUCUCCUUCAUUGACCAGCUCAUUGAUGAUAAGAAGGUGCUGAGUGAGAAGUGUGAGGCUGUGGUAGCUGAGCUGAAACAAGUGGACCAGAAGUAUGGCAAGAAGAUCACGCAGAUGCAGGAGCAGCAUGAGCUGGUCUGGCGCACUUUGGGCCCCUUUUGUGAGGAGAUUAAGAAACUGAAGGAACUGAUGAGUGCAACUGAGAAAAUCAGGCGGGAGAAGUGGAUGGAUGAGAAAACCAAAAAGAUCAAAGAAAUCACUGUGAAAGGGCUGGAGCCAGAGAUCCAAAAACUGAUUGCCAAGCACAAGCAGGACAUCAGGAAGCUGAAGCUGCUGCACGAGGCCGAGCUGCUGCAGUCGGACGAGCGCGCAGCCCAGCGCUACAGCCGGCAGGCGGAGGAGCUGCGGGGCCUGCUGGAGCGGGAGAAGGAGGAGCAGAGCCUGCGGGCACGGCAGCGGUGUGAGCAGCAGCUGGAGCAGGAGGAGCAGGCACUGCAGCAGCAACGGCGUCGGCUCUAUGCCGAGGUGGCUGAGGAGAAGGAGCGGCUCAGCCAGCAAGCGGCCAGGCAGAGAGCAGAGGUAGAGGAGCUGCGGCGGCAGCUGGAGGAGAGCAGCUCGGCUGUCACCAGGGCACUGAAGGAGGAGUACACCAAGGAGAAGGAGGAGCAGGAGAGGCAGCAUCAGGCAGAAGUGAAGGUGCUGAAGGAGCAGCUGGAGAUGGAGAAGCAGGCCUGGGAGGCAAAUUACAUAAAGAAGGAGGAGGCCUGGCUGCUCUCCCGGGAACGAGAGCUGCGGGAGGAGCUGAGGAAGGAGAGGGACAAAGAGAUCGAGCUAGUGAUCGAGCGCCUGGAGGCCGACAUGUCCUCUGCCAGGGAGGAGUGUGAGAGAGCAGCAGAGAACAGGAUUAAGAGGAUCCGAGACAAGUACGAGUUGGAGCUCCAGGAGCUGGAGAGGUCUGAGAGGAAGCUGCAGGAACGCUGCAAUGAGCUGAAGGGGCGGCUGGCAGAGCUGGAAGGGGAGAGUGUUCGUCUACAGGGCCUGCUGAAGCACAAGGAGCAGGAGGUGGAGGAGAUCCAGAAAGUGAGGGACCAGCUGGCCCAGGAGCGGAGCAGCAUGGCCGAAGUGAUCCGUCAGGAAUUCGCUGACAAGCUGCUGGGGAUGGAGGAGGAGAACAAGCAACUGAAGGUGGAGAUGGCAGAGAUGAGAGCCCGGCAGCGCCUGGAGCUGGACAGGAUAGUGCAGGAGAAGGACCAAGAGCUGGAGGAGGUUCACAGGAGGGUGAAGAGAGCAGUCGCAAGGAAGGAGGAGAAUGUGAGCAGCCUCCGGAAGCAGUAUGAGGUGGCUGUGCAGAGAGCUGACUGCCUGAAAGCCCUCCUGGAGCAACAGCGAAAGCAGCUGCUGGCUACCAAAUGACCACCACCACCCUGCCGUGCAGGGCUGGGGGGGCUCUGGACACCCCUGGAUUUGGAGCUGGGGUUGGACUCUCCCUCCCUUCCCUCCACCCUCAUUUUUCACAGCCUGGUGACAGUGCUGUGAGCCCUGCUGGGACACUCAGCAGCCUUCAGGUGUUGUUGGUUGUGUUUUAACAAUAAA